CAGAUGCUUGGUCCCAACAGUACGGGUCGCUGCCGUCAGCCGAAGUAUGCUGACCGACUCUUGGGCGAAGAAAGGGUGGUGUGAAGAAGAAUGGUGGUGGGUGGGGGAUGAGCUUGGAGAGCACAAGAGGUUGCUCGAGUUUAGGCGGGAGGAGUGACGUUGACAGCCACGAGUCCCAGGAGGCAGGUGCGGCUCGACAGGCAGCAGGCGCGACUUGGUGCGGGAAGGGCGCUAUUAGGAAGGUACAAAAGAGACUCGUCUUGCUCGAGUGCUCGAGAUCAGGACGGCAGACGGGACGGAGGACGGUGGAAGGCCGCGCUGCUGUGGGCUGGAUGGCGGCGGGUCGAGCGUGUUUCAGGACUCGAGAGGGUCCGAGGGGCUCACGACGGCGGUGGGGACAGAGAGGUGAGGCGCAUGCGCGCACGGCUUGCCGAGAAGAGGAAUACGCUCCAGCGGUUCGAGGAAUAUUUGUUUGGACUGAACUCCCGCCCUCGUUUGCGUGUAGGCGGAAUCAACCCGGUGCCGCGACCAAUAGACAGCCCGGUGAAUGUGUUGGAUGGAAAAGAUGGGGGGGCAGCGAGUGUGAGGAGAGCUGGCCAGAGAGUACUGGGGAGCAUGAGGCCACAAGAUAGGAUGAAAGGCACUUCGUCGAGCACUCCUGCACAAGCGCUGAGCCUACCAGUCUUUAUGACUGGCUCCAAACCUUGUUUCGAGAUCCGCUGGCAACGUAAACACUUCUCAUUCGGGGGCCUGAGCAUAUGCGCUGGGUGCAUGCGGUUGGUCUGCGUCUCCAGCCUGCCGCCAAUGCCCACCACCACAGCUCCUCAACCAUCUGCUCCAUGCCUGACGUCGGCGCGCACCCAAAAACAACACUGUCAAUACAGCCAUUGUGCACCAAGGUAGCCUUCUGCGAAUAGCCACGUUCCUCCUUCGGUAAGCCAACCUGCC